AUGUGUCUGACUCACGAAACGACAUCGACGUCGAAAACGACCCGCAGAGCGAGCGUUGUCGUCACGCGCGCUUCGGCGACGGACGAAGCGAAGCAAGUCGUCCCGAAAGUUAUCAUCGAUAACUUGUCGGACCCGUUGGCGACUAUCCUCGAGAUUGAGUUUGGAGACAAACUCGGGGAGCUCGCGGAUACCUGCGAAGCGAUUAGAAAUUUGGGUUUGGAUAUUUCCCGAGCGGAAAUUACGGAAAGCAACCAAAACCGCUUCUACGUGACGGACCACCAAAGUUCGGAGAAGAUAACGGCGUCGGCGAGAUUGGAGGAUUUGAGACAAACGGUGUUGACGACUAUGUGCUAUUAUCACCCGGAAGCGCAAGAGUUUGUGCAGCAAACGGCGAGAAACUCAAAGCCGUACGAAGUGGCAGACGAUGCGGAAACCGAAUACGUGACUCCGACGAAGAAGAAGAGACAAAUUGUGCCGACGAGAAUCACGGUGACCUCCGUCUCCAACGGGACCAAGUCCAAGUUGUUGAUUGAAACUACGGACAGACCGGGGUUGUUGUCUGAGAUUGUUCGCGUGUUGAAGGAUUUGAAUUUGAACGUCGUCCAAGCGGAAAUCGACACGAUUGGUGCCGCGGCUGUGGAUACCAUGUUGUGCACGUACCACGGAAAGGCGUUGAACGACAAUAUGGAGCAGUUGGUGGUGAACACGUUGCAAUACUAUCUCGGUCGUUUGGACAGAGACGAAAGUUAUUAA